AUGUUUCCUUUUGGUGCUGGCGAGAAACAGCAAACGCUAGUCAGAGAGCCACUCGCGCCGUUCAACCGUGGAAGAUGGCCCGGUGGAUACACCUGGGUGACGCUCCCGCACGCACCCUUGGACGCUCUGCGGAUUAUGAUUCGCCUUCUGGCCCCUUCUUCUUCAACGGAUAUUGGACUGUCCCUCGCGUCUCGUCAGCCAAGCAGAGUCGACUUUGGCGCGAAAAAUAAAAAUAAAAAUAAAAAUAUCAAUCCAGGAGCGUGGUGUUCAGCGGAGAUCGGGUCCGCGCCUGCGCGAUAUUUAUAUGUGCCUGUAAAGACGCUCCUUCGCCAUGAUUUACGUCCGGCGCAAGGAAUAUACAUAGAACUUGGUCGUCAAAGGCUGUUCCGCUCAAAGAAGUUUAAUCGUGAGUCCCAAGGUUUUCUCUGGAGCUCGCUGGGCGAGAAAGUCUCAGCGAAACCCGCUUCUCGAUUACUCGCGCCGUCAGGGCGAUACAGCCCGAAAGCAACACGGACAAAUAGCAUGUUGGCAAUGUUGGUUUUGAGUGUAUUUUUCGCCCACUGGCCUAGAUCCCGCAAGCCCUGA